ACUCCGAUAAUUCCACUGCUCAAACACAGUCAGCAUCUCGUUCGAAGUGCUUCGAUUCUGUGUUUUGGUUCAUGUAGUGAGUGGAAAGAGUUCGCUUUUGCAUUCUCACGACUUGAACUUAGUAUUUAAUCUACCGCUCAGUCCUCUAACACAUCACUAGAGAAUAAAAGCGCGUAAACGGCUGGUCCGAAGUCCUGCUAUCUUCUGUCUCCAAAACGGGGGAGUGUCUGAAAUUGAAUAUUUAGCUUGUGAGCUAACGUCAGCAGCAUCAGGUUGACCCAUGUCCUCUGAAGAGGCUCUCGGCUCCACGCUCUCACACUGGCUCUCCUUUAACUCCUGGUGGCUGCUUCUGCCUUUCGUGAUGCUCCUGGUAGUGGCUGCUUUCAUCGUGGCCUUCGUGCUGCUGCUGUACAUGAUAUCCCCGUUAAUAAGCCCCAAGCCUCUCAAACUGAACGGGGCCCAUGUGGUGGUGACCGGAGGCAGCAGUGGGAUUGGGAAGUCCAUUGCAAUGGAAUGCUACAAACACGGUGCCUUCCUAACUCUGGUGGCACGAGAUGAGCACAAACUGGUUCAAGCCAAGAAAGAAGUGGAGAAAUGUGCCAUAAAUGAUAAGCAGGUGGUGCUUUGCAUUUCUGUUGAUGUGUCCAAAGACUACAACCAGGUGGAGAGUGUCAUAAAACAAGCUCAAGAGAAGCUGGGUCCUGUGGACAUGCUGGUCAAUUGUGCAGGGACGUCCAUAUCUGGGAGGUUUGAGGAAGUGGAAGUAGACCGCUUCAAGAAACUGAUGGAGGUGAACUAUCUGGGCAGUGUUUACCCCACCCGGGCAGUGAUCACAACUAUGAAGGAAAGGCGGAUGGGCCGCAUCAUGUUUGUGUCGUCACAUGCAGGGCUGAUCGGCCUCUUUGGCUACACGGCCUACUCGCCGUCCAAAUUUGCCCUGCGUGGUCUGGCUGAGGCCUUGCAGAUGGAGAUGAAGCCCUAUAAUAUCUAUGUGACUGUGGCGUAUCCUCCAGACACUGACACGCCGGGGUUUGCAGAAGAGAAUAAGACUAAGCCUCUGGAGACCAAGUUAAUUUCAGAAACGUCUGGAGUCUGUCAGCCUGAGCAAGUAGCAAAAGUUGUGUUGAAGGAUGCUGUGCAGGGAAAUUUCACCAGCACAGUUGGACCCGAUGGCUACAUGCUGUCAGCGCUGACCUGUGGGAUGUCACCCGUUACCUCCAUCACUGAAGGGCUGCAGCAGAUUGUGACGAUGGGGCUGUUCCGCACCAUCGCUCUCUUCUACCUGGGCAGCUUCGACAGCAUCGUCCGCCGCUGCAUGAUCCAGAGAGAGCAGUCCAAAGCAGCAGACAAGAGGGAGUAGCACCAGCCUCCCCACCACAUCCAUCUCUAUCAGCACCACUACACACACACACACACCUCAGAGCACAUGCCCCCUGGCCCGGCAGACGUGUUCAAAUGGGUGGAAGAGUCCACCCUGACAAAACACUGUUUAUGCUGUAAUAGGCAUCCGUCCAUCUUUCAUGAUGUGUUUUUCAGGACCCCUAUCAUUCCAGUGCAUGCUGCAUUAAUAUAUCAAACAAAUUUAUUUGCAUUUCAAUUAUUUACUCACUGCCUCUAGUGCAUUCUUUAGUUUCAGAAGGUUUGUGGUCGUUCUCAAAACUACACACUAUCUAAGUUCUUGUUCUUUCCUGUUGGCGUAAUGUUAUUUCAACACUAGAAUUAAUUUCAUUCAACUUUAUAUUGAGAUAUUGCCAUAUGCUCUAUAGGUAAAAAACAAAUCUGUAUAGGUGAAGAACAACAACUUCACUUCCUUACGUUACAGUGAGGUGAAGAACUGUGGUCCUGACUGGUUUGUGAUGUUCAUAGUCAAGCAAUGUAUCUUCCUGCUUUUAGAUUUCAUAGUUUUAAUUUAUGGACAAAGGACAUCUGUCGAGUCUGCCACUCUGCCUUAUCUUCGUUGCUCUGUGUGGGGGUUUCUGAAGGAAAUGUUUACCUUAUAAAUGUGCGUGCGUGCGAGUGUCUGCUUGUAUGCAUGUAUUUAGGUGACCUCAGGGGCUUCUAAGGGUUCACCGAACUGAAGGAUGGGUCAGGAGGACUCGCUGGUUCGAGUCAGGGCACCUUUCUGCCAGCAGGUGGAGCUGGAGAUCCAGACGGAUCAGGUGUAACCAGAGCAAAAGCCUAAGUAGCUCUUACUAAAAGCUGAUCUGGAAUGAGUCCGAAUAAUCAUAGUCAGAUGGUUUGAUGUCCACAAGCCCAGAACUCAUUUCAAAUACUGUAGAUGUGAAGCUGGAUCAGAUUUGUACACCAAAACAAGCAAUAGGGCUUCCACAAGUCAAGUGAAUUUCCUUGUGCUCUGCUCUGUCGUAAUGCAAAUUGGAUGGCUCCAGUAUAUGAACUCUGUUUUCUGAUUGAGAUUCUCGUUGCAAGUCGUAUCUUACUGCUAGAGAGAAAAUGACACUUACUCAUGCUGUUGUAAUAUUUGCCUUCCUCACGGUCACAAGCAAACGAGAGCAUGUGAUGUGAUCACACCCUGCAGAUGCUUGUAAGGAGUCAGUCUCCUGAAUGCCUAAAUGCACAGAAAAGAGUCUAUUUAAACUGAUAGUUCACCCAGACAUAAACAUUCUUUCCUUAUUUACUCGGCUUCAUGUCUUUCCAAACCUGUAGAACUUUCAGUAUUCUGUAGAAGACAAAAAGAGAUGUUUAGUGGAAUGUUCAUGCAGCUCCUUUCCUUAACAGUGAAAGUGAAAGGGCUGCAAAAUAAAAAAGUACGAUUUAUGCGGUCCUUAUGAGAUGCAGUAUUUUCUAAUCCUUCUGAAGAAGCGUGAUUGAUUUGUUUGAGAAACCGAGAAGAUCUUGAAGUAUAUGUAUAUGAGAUUUGAGAGUUUUCUCUGAGCAUCGAGUUAAAUGUAUAGUCUUAUGAACUACAUUUAUGGCGCUUUUUUCAUUUUAUGGAAAAGAGCAGUGUAAACAGUUUCUUGUUUUUGGUUCUAAAGAAAAAAGAAAGUCCUAUGGUUUUGGACCAACAUGAGUGGGUCUAAAUAAUUAUAGAAUAUUUUUAGUUGAAGUAAGACUCAAUACAACUUUUCCUAGAACUCGUCCCUUUUCUUUUUUAUCUUACCUUUGUCCUACUAAUAAAGCACAUAGGCUUCUCUAACCGCUGUAUUUCUGCUUUCCAAUAACGUAUAUAAUCAUUUAUUAGCCUGUAAUGUGAGGUUUUUUGUCAGUACUUAAAUAAUUUGGACCGUAAAAUUUUUAAAUCAUAGUUUUACGGUCAUUUUAGAGUUUAGGUUACUGUAAACAACAUGCAGUUCUUUUCUUAUAUCAGAAUUUUCCAAAAUGACUUAAACUGCUGAUUCCAGUAUAUUUAUUUUGAAGAAACAUCUCCCGUUCCUUUCCUUGUCCGGAGUUUGCAGGUUUUCUGGAAACCCUUGACCUCAGUCAGGCACUACAGUGAUGGAGGCCCAUUCCAAGCCUUAAGAGAUCCAAACACUGACCAUUAUAAAAACUGCAAGGGUCGAUACAUAUGGCAUACAUUGUGUAUGGUUUACCUAUAUUUGUUUCAGUACGGAAAAAGACAUUGUUUUUGCUUGUUUGUACAUUAUUUGCUUAGGUUAUUUUUUUUACAAAGAUACCCAAAAUAUGAAAAUAAGAAUGCAUGAGUCGAUACGAUGAUGUUCUCAUUUGAUAUUGGCUACAACACAUAGUAGCGAUAUUUGUGUGGGUCGUGCCCUCUUCCAUAACACAUGGAUGUAGUCUAUUUUUUUUUUUUUUUUUAGAGAUAUUGUUUUGAACUCCUUAAAGCUAUGCAACUUCAUUCAAACACACGAGGACAGUCUUCUGCUGUACUUAACACUUUUAUUGAUUGAAGACCGAGAUAUUUCUGAAAAUAAGAUAUAUAGUUUGAGUAACUUUUAAAAGAGAGACCAAGGCCAACUUGGAUGCGUUCUGCUUCUGUUUAUUCAUUUGUUGCCAAACUUUAAUAAAUUUCACCUUGUGUGCCAUAGGAGAAAAAAAGAGAUGUUGUUGCUUUGUCUUAUUUUCUUACAUAAAGAAAUAAAUAUCUUUUGAAAGGUAA